CCCAUUUUUUCAUUUUCAGUUUUACUUUUUCGGAGUUUUUCCGUUUAGAAAUUUCAAAAGCGGUGUCAGAAUUUGUUGAAGGUUUUCUCACUGGAAGUUUUGCUUUAACUUCUUCAGUAUUUACAUCGGUUCUCUGGAAUUUUGUGAAAACUCUUGCGUUCUUGUAUUCAGCUUUUGUACACCAAGUGUUUGGUUGGCUCCCGAGGAUAGGUUUUACUUUCUGGUACCAUGGCUGCUGCAGGAUCGACUGCCUAUGAUGCUUUCCUUAGUCCACAGGAAGCGGAGACGGUUCUUAACUUGGUAUCGGAAGCGCUGACAGACGGCUGGUCGUUUGAAACUAUCUCCAAACAGUUCAACACUUCUUUCCCCAAAGGAGACCAUUAUCGCGUCGGACGAGCUCUCGAGAUGUUCCUUUUAUGUGGAAUUCUGGAUACUCCCAUUCCGCAGUUGACGGCGGUAUUUUUGCUCUACGAUAUGUACAAAGAAUUUCCACUGGCUUGCAAUCCGUUUGCUCCAUUGUUCUAUAAACUCUUGCAUCCGGAAGAGCAGGAAAAGUUACUGCACGAUUUGGCCAAAGAUUCCGAAUUAGGCAGCAUUCCCAAUGAUGAGGUGGCGGAGCAUUUGAGCCGCACGGGAUUCUCACUGGAUGCCACCGACUGGUUUGUUAUGGGUUUGGCUAAAUUCCCUCCCGGAUGUCGCAGAUUUCUAGCCGCUCUGACCACAACACCACCAGCCGAUAUGUUUACUAAGCAGCCGGCAUUUUUCUGCAAAAUCGAUGGGACUAGCACACAGCCUUUGGACACUGCGCAUUUUGACAAAGAGUUCCUUGAGCGACAGGAUCGUGUUCCGGUCAUGGAACGCUCCGGAGUCAGUUGUGUUGUUGACUAUCCUGACGUUACGGUGGUCGGAUCUCGUCAGGAAAGUGGUCGAGCGGCGCGUGAAACGGCCGAAUUGCUGUCGUCUGGGCAAAAACCACAGCCGGAUUUAACCUUCAUACCGGAGCUCAUGCGUCCUAUUCCCACCAUUAUGCCUCUGAAUCGACGCGAGUUAGUCUGGAUGAAUCCUCAGCUGGUCGAAGAGUUGAAAAUGAACCUGGAUCCGACCAUGCUGGUUAUUCCUCCCAAGUGGCUGGCCGUGUCAUCGUUGAUUACCAAAUCUGUAAGAAGUCCGCUGCAUGUGGAUGAACAGAACAGUCUGAUCAGUGCCUUUGAAGCGGAUCCUACGCUGGUGCUGGGCGGCGCUGUUAUGACACCGGAGGACAUCCUCGGCAUAGUGGAAAAUAACCCCGGCAUUGCUACGGAAAUAUUCAAACGCGUCCAUAAAAUUCCUGACAACGCUAUACGGCAAACGCGGUUUAAAAAAUAUCUCCAAGCCUUCUUGACCACAAAUGUUACCGUGCACACCAUGGAGGUUAUCAAUCGAUUGCACGAAGCUAAAGUGGUGCCCAGUGAUUUCCUGCCGCUGUAUGUAUCGUAUGCAUUACGCAAAUGUGACAGCACCUCCACGAGUGAGUCGACAUACAACCAGAACCGUCUGGUCCGGCUGGUUUGCGUAUUCCUUCAAAGUGCUGUGCGUAAUAAAAGCCUUAAUCUCAGUGAAAACCCGGAUCUCCUUAUUGAAAUUCAGGCCUUUUGUGUCAAACAGACCACCGUGAAGGAAGCGGUGGCGUUGUACCGCUUGUUGAAGACCAGUCAGAGCCAUGACGCGUCCGAUAGUUCAGAAGCAGCGUCAAAUGACAGCCCUGCCAAAGAGAAAGCCCGUAAAUAAAUAGAAGUGCAUUUUCAAUGUUUCAUGUGGUUUUUUAAGUGGGUGUUGGCAAUUUGUACUCUUGAUGGAAGCAUGAAGGGGGUUUCAUGUGGCUACCUGCGUGUUUUCUUGGAUAGAUUCCACUGACGUUAUGCAACGUAAAUAAAACGACGACGAAGCCUAAUGAAAGCUCUG